AGCUGCCCGUUUUAAAUUAAGAAGACACACGCGAUCCAGAGACCUCCGACUGUGCAGUUAUUUGCAUUCGCGAUGCUCGUGUAAACGACUGGACGUGUGAGGAGAGACUGGACUUUUUCAAUCGUCGGGAAAUCGCGUUCGCGAAUUGCUUUCGAUAUAUAAUUCUAUGUGACGUUAAAAAGCAAAUCGGCCACAAAAGGAAAGGAAAGCAUUUUCACGACCACUGCUUUUACAAUCAUCUUUAAAAGCGAAUAUCGAGUGCCAUUGCUGUCCUUCAUCUUUUCUAUCAUACGAUAUAGGUUUUUUUUAAUAAACAGCUUUGACCCGAGCGUUCAGUCUGAAUUUGUUAAGCACUUUUCAAUAAUUCAAAGAAUCAGAAAAGGACGACGAUCAAAGAUGUUAACGAUAAACACGUCUAUGAUAAAAAUACGUAAAAGAAACAGUGAAAGCGCGCGGUCCGAAACCGAGCUUCUUCGGACACGAUUCUAAUGAAACAUCAAAGUUGAAUCAACAAUGUAAUUAGAGAAUUAGAUGAUAAGAAGAGGAGACAGAUGCCUUAAAAUUUAAUCAUAAAACGGUGGAGCGAGUGAUAAAUAAGAUAUCACUACUUUUACACAGAGGCGAAACACUUGUAGCGUGUACCAACUAAAUCGCACUGUCAGUCAGAGGAGAUUUCUAGAAAAUAUUUCUGACAAGAUUGGCGAUGCGAAGGUCUGUCAUUUAUAAGCAGUCGUCAUCGUGAGAUCAGUUGGUAGUUAUACGUAUCACACAUACGAAGCGUGCUCUACGCAGCAGUAGCAGCAGCAGCAGCAGUAAAUUAUUGUAAACGUACGUGUUUCGAUCGUUUUGAACAACGCAAAGAAGAAACGACUCUGAUUCGACGUAAACGAAGACGAAGUAAAGGAAAGUGGAACAUUUGAAAAGUAGACAUGAUAAACAACCAACAUUGCGUUAUUCUUAAUACGGGAGAGACCAACAACUAUCAUCAGCCGGUUUCUGCAAAGCCUUCCGUGGUCUCUGUAUCGAGCAUAGAUUCUGACGUGAGUGAUAGAAGAGACGUGCGCGAGGAACUCUAUGCCGGAAUCUUCAGAAGACACAGGAAGACUAUACUCGUGUUAGGCAGUUUUCUCAAAAUGUUGAGGAGAUGCUUGGACAGUUUGCAUGCUCUAAACCAAGUAUAUGCCUUAAUUGCUUUACAAUUCGAUACUGUCAUGCAGCAAAAGUUUUGGUGAAACUACGAAACGUCUAUUAUCGCAUCGUAUCGGUUAAUAUUCUUUGAACAAAAAUGUAUUCAAACGAAAAGAUAGGAAAGUAGCUAGUAUCAGAGUGAAUGUAAUUACUGCUACUGCCGUAUCAGUUGUAUAUCGUAAAUUACUCGAUUUAUGAGGAAAAAAAAUGAGCAAUGCACUGUAAAGAAGAAGCAGCAGCAGCAGCAGCAUCGUUUCUGAACUUAUCACGAAUCACCAGAAAUAUCAAAUUAAUGCCUUAUUAAUCGACAACUUUAUAAAUAACAAUUUUCAUUAGUAUUAAUUAAUUUCUAACUCUAAUUUAAGAAUACCUUUCUUAUUUGUAUCUACAACUUUUGUACUACCGGUCUCUUUGUAUACACUACUGCCGUUAGAAAGUACAUACGUAUAAGUAAACGAUACAGAACAGACGCAAGUAGCAUAGCUUGAAACGCGUUUCAAAUUGUAAUUAACAAUUUUUGAAUGGAAGGAGCAGCUUUAACGAGUGAUCAAGUUCUCGUCGAUUUUAGCCAAACCGAUUUAUCGUCGUCGUAAGACUGAGAAAUGUGCUUUUUCAAAAUAUCGUACGGGCCAUAACGAUUAGGACCGAGCCGAUGUAACAAUAAUAAAAAAAGUUGUCGAAGUCGAAACCGUCUUGUGUAAUCUUAGAUUUCUCACUUUCAUCGUCAAUUGAUCAUGAAACGAAUGCAAUGAGACAGGGCAUACCGGGAUUAUACAAUUGAAUUGUACCAGUGUCGAAGAUCUUUUAUUAUCCUAAUGCUAUGUACGAAAUGUUUAUACAGGCCAGUGACCUGGCGGCGAAUUGGGAAUGAAGAGGAACCAUUUUUCUUAAUUAACGAAACUGUACUCGACCAAUUUUUCAUCGACGUUAGCUAGCUCACGAUACAAUGAUGUUCCAUGAAUUUAUUCGUACGUAAAAUUUAAGUUUAUUACGAGCGGAAGUCAUCAGUCGAAUCAGUAGUAAUCGACAGAAUUCAUUUUAUGUAACCGGACCAUUGUCGUCAGAUCGGAUAAAUUUGAUUGAUUCAAAUGCGUAUGCUCAGCUUAUAGAAUUUAUUCCACUGUAUCUGUGUGAUGAACGACGAUAUAACCAUGAUCUAACAGAGAUUUGUAAUGAGAAAGUGUUGUUUCAGUGAGCGAUGUACCGUUACGUUUCAAUUUGUAUAUUUUAUGUGCAACUUGUAAAGUGAAAUACGUGUAUAUA